AUGUCUCAAUCACGAAGCAGCAGGCGAUUGACUCGAGGAGCUGUAGCUGCCGCGUCUUCUGGAGAACCUCCAGCUACACAGACCCAAGGCCAAUCUGCAUCCACAGAAGAAAGUCAAUAUCAACAACAACAACAACAUCAUCCCACAUCUACACAGGCAAACGCGUCGUCACCUCCUACGCGUAAAAGCAAACGUUUACGGUCUGAGCCUGCAAACUUGGAGCUCGCAUCAAAAGAAAAUAACGAUAAAGAUAAAGAUGAGGAUGAAGACGAAGAUGCAGAAGAUGAAGAUGAAGAUGAAGAAGAUGAAGAUGAAGAUGAAGAUGAGGACGAAGAAGAUAAAGAACAGGAACAACCACGACAGCCCGUUACUAGAGCCUCUCGACGCGUAGCACAACAAGCUGCAUCUUCUGGGAAUGCCUCUGGGUCUACAGCUGGCGCGUCUGGAUCACCAGUAUCGCACAAAAGUUCCUCUGCAGCCCCGCGUGUAGACUCUGUGACGACCAAGAUUCUACGGCCGUUUUUCGAGGGCAUCUAUGAUCUGACUGAUGAAGACGGCGAUGCCAUUUCAGACGUGUUCCAGACGCUCCCAGAGCGUAAAAUUAUCCAAUAUUAUAAAACCAUCAAGCGCCCAAUCUCGCUCUUUAUGGUACGAACUCAUCUCAACCAAAACAAGUACCCCACGCCUAAAAACUUUUUGCGCGACUUGGUCCAAAUUUCAUGGAACGCGCGUUUAUUUAACCGCAGAGAUAGUAUAUUUUACCAACACGCACUUAUCCUCGACAAGUACAUUCGUGAGACUAUCCAUAAACUGGCUGCUCUGAAAAAGUUCAACAAAGAAGACCUUGAGUAUCCGGAUUUGGGUCCUCUUCCUGAGAAUGAUGAGGAGGAGGAGGAAGAAGACGAAGAUGAUGAAGGUGAAGGUGAAGGUGAAGGAACCCCGUCAACACCUGCUAAUAAAAAUAAUACUAAUACUAAUAAUUCUAAUAAUAACGCUCAUGUAACUCAUGCCGAUGAUGAUGAAGAUGAUGAUGACGAUGAUGAUGAUGACGACGAUGACGACGAUGAUGAUGAAGACGAUGACGAAGAAGAUGAAGAAGAAAAUGGGGCUGUAACAGGUGUUCGCAAGCGUGGACGGCCUCCGCGAAACCAGACAAAGUACAAGAAAAACAAAAUGGCCCGUACUGAAGACAACUCAUCGGCACAUACUACCCCUGCACCCGAGGACAAGCGCAAAAAGCGGGGCCGCCCACCUACUGUCGACAAGCCCCACGAGCACCGCAUCAAGGCCAUCAUGCGCGGCGUGCGCAAGGCUAAGGAGCCCAAAACUAUGCGGUUACUCUACUCAAGCUUUGAGAAACUGCCUGACCCCAAAGUUCACCCAGAGUACUACCAAGCGGUGGCCAACCCCAUGGGCAUGGACACAAUUCGCAAAAACAUUAAGCGUCGCAAGUAUCCGAACGUUGAGAUGUUUCUUAACGAUAUGAACACUAUGUUUGCCAACGCUAAGAUGGUCCAUGGCCAAGGUUCUCAGAUUUACAAUGAUGCACUGGUCUUGGAACAAAGUAUGAUUGCUUUGACCCAUGAAGAGCUGGCUAAACCUGAUAGCGUAUACCAGGACCCGGACUCCAACUCUAAAACGUCACGGCUGCCACUUGACAAUGUAGAGUACAAUGGUGUGGUGUACCGCGUGGGAGACUGGAUCCAUAUCCAAAACCCCAACGACCCUAACAAGCCGACCAUUGGCCAAAUCUUUCGUAUUUGGCGGAGCGCUGACGAUCAAAAGUGGAUCAAUGCAUGCUGGUACUACCGGCCUGAACAAACUGUGCACCGUUAUGACAAGCUGUUUUUUGAAAACGAGGUUGUCAAAUCCGGGCAGUAUCGUGAUCACCGGGUAGAAGAAAUCAUUGAAAAGUGUUUUGUCAUGUUUUUCACAAAGUAUCAACGUGGACGACCCAAGGGCAUUGGCAAUGGAGCCGUGUAUUGUUGUGAAUCACGCUACAAUGAAACAGAAAAAACAUUCAAUAAAAUCCGUACAUGGAAGGCGUGUAUCCCGGACGAGGUUCGGUCGUCUGAUUAUGCCAUGGACUUGUUUGAUCGGAUUGUGCCAUUGAGACGUGUUGUUUCGCCAAUCAAAAAUUUGCUUCCACCAAAUGCUAAGGACACAGACCCCAUUCCAGAGCCUACUAUGGGGGCAGCCAACGCGCCGCCAAUCAUAGGAGCAGUGUACCGUCGGCCUAUUGAUCCUAAUGAACCGCCGGAGCAGCCGACGCCAGAAUCUGCUGUGGAGCCGUUGCCAAACUAUAUUAAGUCGCCCAACCAGCGGGUGGUGAAUCUUUCAUCGCCGCGUAAUCAACAGCACCCGCACCCACCACCUACCCAACCACAAAUACAACAACAACAACAGCACCUACAGCAACAACAAACUCACCUCCACCAAAAAAAUCUUCACCACCACCAACAAAACCUGCCACCUCCACCACCACCACCACCACAACACC